CUGGUGGGGCGGAGUUGGUGUGUGAAGUGUGAACCACUCAUGCUUGCAACCUUUUAGGAGUUGCAUCCCUGCAUUCUUGCAAUCAAACGGAUUGUGUUCCGGCCGAAGCUCAUUCCACGCCUGGCCGACUAGUCCAAAGCUCAGAAAAAGGCUUAAAUCCAGGAAUUUGAUUGCCCCAUCAAGCCUGAAUGGCGACCACCGCCGCCGCCGCAGCUACACUGCAUCGUUUAACAUCGCCGCCUUCUGCCGCUUCAUUGCAUCUUUUACCAGUGCCGCGUUCUUCUGCCGCAGCUUUCUCAACAUUUGCUUUACCUUCAUCCCCAUCUCCUAGUCACUUUUCAUCUUCUCUCCCACGACUUCACCCCACAAACCCUAGCCUCACCAUUCGCCAUGCUAAGUUUGGUGGUUCGAUUAGAGAAGAAGCCGAAGGGAUCUUUGGAGGGAAUUUCAGAGAUGAGAUUAGGGCAGAGGAUGAGUAUGAUGGCUAUGACUCAGAGGAAGACAACGAAACUGAAAGCAGCAUAGAUUUGCUAAUUAGGUUCGUUCGGAGCAUUUUCAGGAAGGUGUCUAAGCGUGCCAAGAAGGCCACUUGCUCAAUCUUGCCUGACUUCAUUUCGUCGCAGCUAGUGUCUUUUGCGGUUGACGGUGUUUUGAUUUUGGCUUCUCUUUCACUUUUGAAAGCAUUCCUUGAGGUUAUCUGCACAUUGGGUGGCACUGUAUUUGCGGUCAUCCUGCUGUUACGUGUGCUCUUGUCUGUGGUUGCUUACUUCCAGUCUAACAGUAAUGGUUUCAACCAAAAUGGAUCUUCAUAUGGCAAUGCCCAGCCACUUAUAUAAUAGGGGCCAUGUCAGUUCAGUUGCAGAACUUGAUUGUGGGAGGGAAGGAGUAGUUUGUGAAAGUGCAAAAUUUGGGAGAAAGUAACUAUACAUUGACCUUGUUUUGUAAAUACAUAUAUGGAGUAUAUAUAGAUAUAAGAGUGUUCCCUGUUAGCAAUGAAAUUUACUGCAUCUCAUUCUACUCGAUGAAAAACACAUAUCUGUGCAGAAUUUGGACAAAAAUGCAGAGCUGUGGUUGACUAUUUGAAUGUGAUUUUGUUGGGGAAUCAGGAGGAACAACGCUGUGAAGCAACAUUAUACAAUCGGUAUACGAAGAACGACUUGAUAGGCCUAAUGUUAUUUUAGGGCAUACCAAAAUACUUCAAUUGGGUAAGACGUAAGUAAUCUAGACCGGGUAUGGAUUUUUCAAUCAUAUCUCGGAACAUACCAAGGUGUCAUAUUUAUAGGUAAAUUCUGAACGGACGCGUUGGUUGAUGAAAUAACGAACUUUUGGGUAA